AUGGAAUGUGCCACCGUGAAACCAGUUAAACCCUCUACAAAUAUAUCUGAAAUCGUCUCCAGGUUUGCAAAAGUUUGCAGGUUGAGGUCCAUUGGAGUAUUUUCCUCUGAAAAUCAGAGUCACCAUCCCCAAAACAUCUGUAUCAAGAACGCUCCUUUUUGUGAGGACGUCAGUGACAAAACUGAUGGGACUGAUAUGGUUGGUGAGAAAGUUCAUCCCCAGCCGCCUAUUGGUGUUUUGAAUGGAGGGAAUGUGGGUGUUGGAGUGGAGAUUUCCAAGUUGUUUGAUGUAGUUUCAGCUCUGAAAGCUGCGUAUGUGGAGCUUCAAAAAGCUCAUAUUCCUUAUGACCCUGAUAAGAUUGUAGCAGCUAAUGGUCUUGUUGUGACUCAGCUUGAAGCCUUAUGCAAGAUCAAGCGUGCUUACAAGGAGAAGCUAUUCUCAAAAGCCAAGCUCAAUGGUUCCCGCUUGGAUUGUGUCAAGAAGGAAAUAAAAGUUAACGAGAAGCUCUUAGAAAAAUUGAAGUCUGAAGUGAAAGCUAAGGACUCUGAGAUUGUUGUGUUGCGGCAAAAGUUGGAAGAUUUGGAUUCAGGGAUCAAGAGGUUGGCUGAGAAGAUGAGACAAGACAGGUUGGAAAAGAAGAAUGCGAGGAGGGCUUUGAAUGUUUCUGAUUUUGAGAAUGCAUUUGUAGCAGCUUCAAAAUCUGUUCAUGAUUUUGCGAGGCCGUUGAUUAGCUUGAUGAAAGCUUCAGGUUGGGAUUUAGACCAGGCAGCUAAGUCAGUUGAGGAUGAAGUUUUUUAUUCCAAGAGGUCAGAUAAGAAGUAUGCAUUUGAAGCCUACAUAGCAAGGAGAAUGUUUCAUGGAAUGUCUUUGGAGUCCCUCGAUGUGCAUGAUGUAAUGAGGUUGGAUGAUCCCAUGGAUGGACUGAUUGAAAACCCGGGUUCAGGUUUUGCCAAAUUUUGCAGAGAAAAGUAUCUUUUGGUUGUUCAUCCAUCAAUGGAAGCAUCUUUUUUCGGUAAUUUAGAUCAUAGGAAGUUUGUAUCCAUUGGCAAGCAUCCAAGAACACCAUUUUAUCAAAUCUUUGUUAAAAUGGCAAGGUGGGUUUGGGUUUUACAAGGCAUUGCUGCCAUGAUAGAUGCUGAAGUGAAGGUGUUUUCUGUCAAAAGAGGAAGCAAAUUUUCGUGUGUCUACAUGGAAUCUGUGGAGGAUGGGGAAGGUAAAGUUGCACUUGAUGAAGGGGAUGUCAGUCAUAUUGUUCAAUUCAUGGUUAUUCCCGGAUUUAGAAUUGGGGAUAUUGUGGUUAAAUCCCGAGUUUAUCUUUCAAAAGCAAGCUGCAAAAAUCUUGCUAUUCCAUCUGAGUUAACUGGUAUUAGGCUUUCCAUUGUUUCGUUUUACUAUGUUCCUGCUGGCUGGUGA